CGGCUAAACCGCAGGGCAUGGAUACAUGACAUUCCAUCAAACUGAAACUAUCAAAAAAAAAUUCUGGUGAUCAGUAUUUACACAAACAUAACGCUAAUAUAAUACAUUAUUUGCACAAAAGAAGUCAUAUUUCCACUAGUUAUUUAUUACAGAAGUAUUAUUCUAGUUUGUUACAUGUGUCAGUUAAGCUAUGUCUGAAUCAAAAGCCAAGAAAAUCCUUGCGGAACUGGUGAAAACGUCAGGAACCACCUACACGGUGGAUAACGUUUUGACAUUCUUCCGGAACAAGGAUGGAAAAUACAGCACCAAACGGCUGUCGCAGUUGCUGGGUCUGAUCUUUAAAGCGACCCCCUAUGGGCCAAAGUAUAUGGAAGAGUUUACUUCGUCUAAGCAGGACACCUACGUGACGCUUAUUUCUAUUCUCAACAACUAUAGUAAGCACACGCAGUCGGUUCUAGCACAGCUACCUAGCGCAGCAGAAUCGGUUUCUAAGCAAGCUGCCAUGUUCGAAAGUCCUCCGUUAUCGUCAACAAGAAUCGUUCCGGAGCAGGUUACUCCGGAAAAUGUCCAGGAAAUAAAGGAAAAAAUUGUCCAAGCUACCAUUGGAUCCGCAAUCAAUCGGUCUACGGGUUCCAUUCCGAGUGCCCUGGUGCCGCAAAGUUUCGAGUACAUCGGCAGUAGAAAAGGAGCUAUGGUAUCGUGGAAUUUCAACUAUGAGGAACUUUAUCCUAUGCAGAACAAAAAUGUAGCUGCAAUUCCGCUUGGUUCACAAGAGCCAAUAGUUUUAAAGGAAUUACUCAAUUGUUUGGAAGGAGUGAAAGGAUCUUUAAUUUUUCCUAAAAAGCAGCUGCGAAGUGUAGUCUUCUGUCCGGUGGAGUUCGAUGUUUCAGAUCAAAUAGAGGAAUCACUAAGAGACAUCGUACGGGAAAUUCUUCCUCUUGCUUCUCAUUACUCUCAAAUCCAGGCUUUCAUUGCUGCUUCUAGUUCACUAGAAAGCGGCCAAAUUUUGCACGCACUUCGUGCUGCUCUUCAAAUAAUCGUUAACGAUUACCGCCUUUCGAUCACACAAUUGGAAGAACUAUUCGUGAAGCAGCAGUUGACCUUCCACAAAUUGCUUUAUUUUCUGCGUCCAGUUUUUCACACCAUGGAAGUGCUGGCGGAAACUGUAAUCACUAUCCGUCAGACUAAUUCGCGGGGUGGCAGUGUACUAACGCUGCUGCACGAUAAGAUCACUUCCACGACAGGCGAUGAGAAAAGCCAGAAGGUUCUAAUACAUCUGCUAGAAGUGGCUUCCGUUCCGUACAUGGAAAUGCUACAGUUAUGGAUUUUAGAUGGGGUGAUUCAUGACACUCGGAGGGAGUUUCUCAUCGAACACAGCGCAAUGGAUCUGAACGAGAAUGAACUGAUGGACUACUGGGAGAAACAGUACACAGUCCGGUUGGACAAGGUACCCUGCUUUCUGAACAAGUACGCCGACGUAAUUCUGCGCACGGGAAAGUAUUUGAACGUGAUUAGGGAGUGCGGAAGUUCUGCGGAUUACCAGCAGCAAAGCAUCAUCACCUUGAAGUAUACCCACUCCGAUCAGACAUACAUUGCUGCCAUUGAAAACGCGUACAAUUUUGCCUCUUCCUCGCUGCUAAACUUGAUCAUGAACAAGUACAAUCUGAUCGGUCGUUUGCACUCAGUAAAGCGAUACUUUUUGCUGCAGCAGGGCGACUUUAUAUCUCAAUUCAUGGAUGCCUGCGAGGAAGAUCUAGCUAAAGAUGUCGACAAUCUCCGUCCGAUGCGGUUGGAAAAUCUCCUAGAAGUGACUCUGAAUAUGUCAUCCGCCCGCUAUGAUGAGUAUCAUGACGAUCUGAAAACGAUGCUGCUGCCGUACGGAAUCGUUACACAGAUAUCGAAAAUCGUCAAAAAAGAAGAUGUCUUCCUUGAUGCUUUGGGUGACACAUCACAGCUGAAAGGAAUCGAAUGUUUUACUUUCAACUACACCGCCCAAUGGCCGGUUUCGAUUGUACUGAAUCGACUGACUAUUUCCAAAUAUCAGAUGAUUUUCCGGCAGCUGUUCUAUUUGAAAUAUGUAGAACGAAUGCUGUGUCGCGUUUGGAUCGCCAACAAUCGAACAAAACAGUUCGCUUCGCAAACGGCCAAACUGUAUCGGUCGGCCUUCACGUUGCGCCAGAAAAUGCUGAUCGCCAUUCAGAACUUUGAGUCGUAUAUGAUGAUCGAAGUGAUUGAACCUAACUGGCAUAUCUUCUAUCAGAAUAUAAAACAGAUAAAAAAUAUCGAUGAUGUGCUCAACUAUCAUCAGGACUUUUUGGAUCAAUGUAUGAAGAACUGUAUGCUAACAGAUGCUGAUCUCUUGAAGUCGAUCAUCAACCUCUGCAACAUUUGCCUACAGUUCUGCUCGUUCCUUGCGGAGGCACAGCGACAUUUCGUUGACGCUGAGCUCUGUUCAAUGUUGGCCUCAACAGAUGAGUUUUCGCUGUCCUCUGAAUCUGACUACGACUUUGCAUGUCAGCAGGAUGUUACUACCUCAAUAGAACCUACGGAAACAUUUUCCGCCCGCGUAGAAAACUACCGCACCGAGUUCACCAAUCAGCUAAUGUCACUUCUACGCAAAAUAACCGAAAUCGCUACACAGAAUCCAUCGGAAAAAUUCAUUAACCUCAUUCACAGGAUCAACUUUAAUUCAUACUACAGCGAUAAUUUUGACAGUUGAAGUACGGAAUGCUCAGAAUCGAGCUGGUAAAGUUCUACACUCACAGAUGUUAUAUUGCCAAAGCGUACCUGUUUGUUCCUUAUCGCAAAACAUUCAAAACGCUUAUCCAAAAGCUAGAAUAGUUCUGGUUUUAUGCCAAUUCAUAGCUCUCUAUCUUAAUGUAAUGUGAAAUGCAUAGCGCUACCGAAAUUCGUUCUUGAACUAACAAAGAAUAAACAAAAACAACCGAUUAAUAAAA